AUGGUCCCUAACAGAAGCUCGCAGCGCGCCCUGCUGCUGAGCGCGACUCUGGGCCUCGCACACGCCAUAACUCUGCCAGACCCAACUGCCGCACCCGCAAAGGUCGAAGUCCGAGCACCCAUCGUGACUCCCGCGGCGAUCCGGUUCGACGACAGAUACAGCUACGUUCAGAGACGGAACAUCUUGGAUGAUAUCAAAAGCGGAGUUGAAGGUGUAGCCAAGUCUUGGGGAAGCGUCCUUGGAACCGAUCUGCCGAGCUUCUUCACUGAUGGCAUCCCUGGUUGGUUCGAAAAUCUCCCGACCGGUACCGAUGUUAUGUCAAGCUUGGGCAUUGGUGAUGACGACCUUGCUGCGAUACCCACUCAAGUCCUCAACGUCCCACCGUACGCGAACUGGACCGACCAGGGUUGGAACGUACGUCUCCACGGCAAUGUCUACAAGAUUCCAAACAUCUCGCAGUCAAAGAUUGAUGAUCUCGCCAACGUCUUCUUGAUCGACACAAGCGUGGACAAGCUGCCUGACGACGAGAAGGCCAACGCUCGUAAUCUUACACGAUCGAUCUUCGUUGUCCAGCAAGGCGAUGAGAAUGUUACCAUGACACUCGAGCCUGCGCCCAUGCAGGGUGGUGAUGGUGAGCCCGGAGGCGGCAAUGCUAUCACACCGCCCGGAGGCAACCAGACCAUCACACUGCCAUACGAAACCACCCCUGAAGGAGACUUCGAUGUCUUCGUGCCAAUUCAGAGCAACGGUCUUCUGAACGGUAACGAGACCGAGAACGUGCAGCGCCUCAACGUCCACACCAACGGUACCAACACUGGCAAUGCCACCGCAUUCCUUGUUCCUCCCACAGGUAUCACUUUCAUCUCGGACAUUGACGACAUCCUCAGGGUGACCAAGAUCUACGAUCCUAAAGAAGGUCUCUUAAACUCUUUCGCCCAUAACUUUACCCAGUGGAUGAACAUGCCCGACAUUUACCGCAACUGGUCGCAGACUCUGCCCAACAAUACGCACUUCCAUUACCUGACCACCACCCCCGAGCAGGCCACUCGCAACUACAUGGACUUCAUCUACAAGACCUACCCUGGCGGUUCCUUCGACACACGACCCCUCAACUUCUCUGACGUCAAGGCUACUCUGUCCAUCCGCAUGUACCUCUUGCAGAAGAUCUUCGUGACUUUCCCUCAGAGAAAAUUCGUGCUUGUCGCCGACACCUCCAAUUCCGAUGUUAUGAAGGACUACCCUCAGCUCGCCCACGACUACCCCAACCAGGUGCAAUGUAUCUUCCUGCGCAACACGUCGUCCACCGACAGCAGCGACUGGUUCCCGUACAACACUGAAGGCUUCAAAGGCUUGAACAACCGCAGCUACAUGUUCUUCCAUGUACCUGACGAUCUGGCAGGUUUGGACAUCGCCAAUGGACAGUGCUUGAACGAGUCGAUCCAGCAGAACGUCACCUUCUCAAGGCAGGCUGAGAUUCUUGGUAUCCAUGGCGGCGCCGGAAGCAAGCUCGCUGGUAGUGCCACCAUCAGCUUCGUAGUGGCGCUGGUCGCUGCUAUGCUUCUGACUCUCUAG